CGACAGGUGUACAACAUGGCGGCGCCCACGAGUCCAGGCGUGAUCUAAUACCCAGGGGCCAGUGAGAAGGAUGUGGUGCGCGGUGCUCAGGUCGGUCAGAGCCGUCCGUGUGGUGGCUGAGAGCAAAGGGGCAGGAACUGCCAUACUGUUAAGGAAGAGAGAGCAUCAAAGGGUUAAUAGAUUAGCCGCAUGUCUAUAUGGAAAAGACUCUGCUAUUGGAACCCUGUUGGGGGUGAACAAGCAUGAGUCCACCAGUGAACUUCUCAGCCCACAGGCCCCAGCUAUCUCCUUCAAUAAAGAUGAUCAAGACCGUUUAUUAAAGCAUGCUCCUGACCAGCCAGAGAACCCAAAAGUCCUAAAACUUGCUAUUAUAGGAGCUCCCAAUGCAGGGAAAUCAACUUUAUCCAAUCAGCUUCUGGGCAGAAAGGUUUUUCCUGUAUCCAGUAAAGUGCACACCACACGCUGCAAAGCACAAGGUAUUCUCACAGAAGGAGACACCCAGAUGAUCCUCCUGGAUACUCCUGGUAUGGUCAAUUCUAUAAGAGCUGGAAGGCAUAAACUGGAGAAAACCUUUCAGGAGGAUCCCUGGCAGUCAGUGAAGUUGGCUGAUGUAGUGUUGGUUUUAGUGGAUGUGUCAGAUAAGUGGAUGAGGAAAUCUUUGCACUCCGAAGUGCUCAAGUGUCUAGCCAAGAACUCCCACAUCCCCAGCAUUCUUGUGCUGAACAAGGUUGAUUUAUUAAAGCAAAAAAGUAGUUUGCUGGAAGUCACUGGUAAACUGACUGAAGGGAUGGUGAAAGGGAGAAAAGCUGUGAUCAAAUCUAGUAAAAAGACAUCAGACAGAAGUGUUCAACCAGAUGAAGAGAGCGCCUCCGUACUGAAAAAAGAGACCAGAGAUCAGCCCGAGGGGCAUAGAGAGCUCUCGGGGGUUAAUCCUAAGGAUGGAGGUCAUCAGGACAAGACCGGGUGGCCUCAUUUUCAGGAGGUGUUUAUGCUUUCAGCCUUAGAAGGAGAUGAAGUGGAGACGCUGAAGAAAUAUCUGCUGACUCUUGCCAAGCCUGGAGAAUGGGAAUAUCACAGCAAGGUUGUGACCACUCAGGCACCACAGGAAAUUUGCAAUAAUAUAAUCAGAGAGAAACUUCUUGAAUACUUGCCCCAGGAAAUUCCUUACAAUAUUACACAGGUCAAUGAAUUUUGGGAGGAAGGUUCUGGCGGCGAACUGGUUAUUAAGCAGACUUUGCUAGUGCCUAAGGAAAACCAUGUGAAACUUCUCAUUGGCCCUAGUGGGGAGCUGAUCAGCAGGAUUGCAAAGGAAGCCGGGUGCGAUCUAAUGAAUGCUUUCCUGUGUGAUGUCCGGCUGCAGCUCGCAGUGAAGUAUAGGAAGAGAUAGCAGCCAGAUGUCUCAUUUAAAAGCAUAAACUGGUUGCUGCUGUUUUGGAUUGGACUGCCAAAUGGUUUUAGCAAUGUUCAGAAGAAAAUAUACCGUAACCAAUGGUUCAUAAUGAUUGAUUUAAUGUUCUUUAAGGGGACGUUCUGAGCAGAUGACCAAAUAGCUUUCCACAAAUCUACAUGUGCAUCAUUUCCUGUAGGAUUUGGAAUGAAAUCUCAAUGACUUUGUCCUAGGAAAAAGUGGGACAGGGUAUGGUGCAAAAUGAGCAUUACUUACCUGUUGAAUGCCCACUGCUUCCGCUAAAGUAACGUGGACUACACAUGACGUCCGUAGCCAAUCGCUAGUCUCUAUCUUUGUUAUAAACCUGUUAUAAAGGUCUUCAUAUAAUCAGCAAUAGUGAAGCCAUCAUAGGGCACGCCAACACCGGUGUGUGUGUGUCUGGACAGUGACUAUUGAUCUAAGGCCCUGGUUACAUUACGUUUCUGAAAGGUAUCUUUAAAACGGGAUGCAACUGCACUGCUUUCUCCUGCUGCCAUACAGAAGAAAAACAGGAUCCAUCUUCAAAUAUUAUUUUUUUUUGUUAUCUAGAAACUUCCACUUUUGUCCAUGGAUGUGUCUGGUAUUGCAGUUGAUUCCCAUUCAACUGAAUGUGAAUAAGCUGUAAUACCACUCCUAACCCAUGGCCACCAGUGCACUGUAUCUACACUAAAGUGCACAUUUUUUUUUAAUUUAUUUUUAUAAAUCUUGUUCAGUCCUUUUAAUAUUGAUCUUUUCAACACCCCUCCCCCCCCCCCCA